AUGAUUUUUCCUGUGCCUAAAAAUACUUAUCGAGAAGGAGAUCUCAAGGAACUAAUCAAAAUUCCAUUUUACGAAGACAUAUUUAGAUUUCAACUCACUUCUCCCAGAAUGAAAAUCUAGUUUCAUAAAAUAGAUCCUUUUAAACCCCCAGAUGAAAUCCCUCACGAUGUAAGUACUCAAUCCAUUUAUGAUGAUCAUGUUGAUGAAUUGCCAAGUUAAAGAAUACCUCGCAUCUCCUAAACAACUACCCUCAAACCUAAAAAUCAAAUGUAAUAUACUUUCCUAUUGCAUAGAAGUGGGUUGAGACUGUCUCUGUCCCCUCGAGUCACGUACAAUAAUGAAUUACCUACCACUCUAACAAAUAGGAACUGCAAAUAUACAAAGGAGAUUCCUUGCUUGUAUUUGAAAUCGUACACUCUGACCAAGAGAACUAUUAUUUACUUUCAUGCCAAUUGCGAGGAUCUCAAGUCUUCCUACAAUCUUUUGGACUUUCUUCGACAUAACAUGAGAAUGAACAUCUUAGCUGUUGAAUAUCCAGGCUAUGGAAUUUAUUAAGGCGAACCCACUGAAGAAAUGAUACUAAAAGAUGCAGAAUAUAUAUACUAGUAUAUAGCCUUCCAUUCGGGCAUAGAAGAACAGAAUAUUAUAUUAAUGGGAAGAUCUAUAGGAACUGGAGUUGCAUGUCAUGUAGCAUCACUUUUUAAACCGGCUGUUUUAGUUUUGAUCUCUCCCUUCUUAUCCUUACAAGAAAUCGUCUAAGAAAAGUACCCUUUAUUAAGGAAGAUGCUCAAGGAGAGAUUCUCAAACAAAGACAAAAUGCAAAAAGUAAAAUCUCCACUUUACAUUCUGCACGGACUCAAAGAUUCUAUCGUUUCAGUUGAACAAGCCAGGAAACUUUAUGGUAUGAAUCUUAACUUUCAUUUUUAAAUAGAAUUAUGCAAAAGUCCAAGUUUGAUUAGAACACCGCCAGAAAUGACUCAUACUAGAUUUCAAUUUGAAUAAGACUUAUCCUUACCUCUUCUAGGGUUCAUGAGAUAAUUGAAUAUACUUUGA